UCUGAUAUAUCCUGGUAACACACUCUCACACAUACUAUAACUAUUACUUGCAUACUGACACGCGUCUGCUCCCCGUUGUAAUUGUUUGGAGUUGUUUUUAUUUUUAUAGAUACUGAACGCGUUAUUCUUGGCAUAGAAUGGAACAUAUAUGGGAUGAAGAUUUUGUAUAGCCUGCGUGCCAGUAGAAGUGUUGAAGCAGUUUGGACUAGCAAUAAAUUCUUUUCUUCUUGGAGCUGCAAUUAUAACUGAACCUCUUGUAUAAUUAUGGUCGACGUGCCGUUAGAACUGUUGAGGCCAUUUGGUUUUGCAUUUCUUCUUGGUGCUGCAAUCAUAACAGUAGGUGUUUUAAUUUACCGGAGUAGGACGUCAGCAUCUACAGAAAAUUCAUACCAAAGAACAGACAGCUCCAAUUCACGAGGCAACACUACUUUCUACAACGCUAAUAAAAUAACUUAUGAUAACAGACACCAAAUUCGUUUGUGUAAUACAAACUGUUGUCUUUACAAAGGAAAAUUUGCAGGACACACAGAAGUAGCAGUUAAGAGGAUACUAAUUCCUACAAACGAUAAAUCAAAAAUAACAUUAGACCUUGAAAGUCUUGAAGAGAGAUUGAGACGUGUUGUAACUAUAAACCACAACCUUUUGGUAGAAAGUUCUGAACCUAAUAUUGUCAGGUUUUUCUGCAACGAGUUUGAAAAGGAGGGAGAGAAAUUAUACUUGUUGUUAGCAUUAGAAUUAUGUGACUGUAAUCUUGAAGAAUUUAUUCUGUCACGACGGGGCUACCCACCGAUAGCAAACAACAACAUUAUCUUGCAGCUCUUAAAUGGACUUCAUUAUCUUCAUUCCCGACAGAUUGUUCACCGUGAUCUUAAACCAACUAAUGUUCUGAUGAAACAAAAACUAAGUGGUGAACUCAUUUUCAAAUUAUCGGACUUUGGUUUGUCUAAACUGAACACUUCCACAAAUAACGGGGUACCUUCAGAACAGUCUUACCUAAGUGAUGAGUACGGCACUGUUGGUUGGAUUCCUCCAGAAAUAUUUGCCCUGCGCGAACAGUCAGUGUCCAAUCCAGACAGGAGCUACUGGAAAAGGAGUGACAUCUUCCCUUUGGGACUAAUCUUCUACCAUAUUGCAACUGACGGUCGCUAUGUUUUCAUUAAUCAAGGUGAUAUCCAGAGUGGUAAAGCUGAUUUUACGUACAUUUCUGGAAACGAUCCUAUGUUGCGACUCUUGCGACACAUGCUUGCUCCUAGACCUGAAGACAGACCAUUCACUGACGGCAUAAUGAAGCACCCAGCUCUUUGGAGCACUGAGAAAACGCUGGAUUUCUUUGACAAUACAAGCAACCUACUAAUGGACAGAACAGUAUCAUUAACCUGUUCAAUAGAACAAAAUGCUGUCAAUAUUCUACGAGGCGACUGGCGGGUUCAUUUGACACCAGCAGUAGAAAACUCUUUAUUCCCGCAUAUUAGCACUUACAAUCGCCGCGGCAGAAAUCAGAAUCAACCAAGUUAUGAUAAGACAUCUGUACAGUCUUUACUGCGCGCAAUACGGAAUAAUAAAGGUCAUUUCUAUCAGUUGUCACCAGCCAUUCAGGCAGAGUUUGGGAAGGUUCCAGAUGGUUAUUUGAGUUACUGGACCAGCAAGUUCCCGGAGCUUCUCAUGCAUACAUACUACGCAAUGAAGGUUUAUUCUUCACAAUCAUGCAUGAGCAGAUUUUACGCCUGAGCAUUCUUCAUCACCAUCACAGCAGUUCAUAUUGUAUUUCAAAAUAAGAGCUGUGCGUGAGACAGCCAAUGCUCAGCUGUUUAAAUUGUUGUCCCAGAAGCAGGGAUAGUACCCUAAAACUUAAAAUAUCUAUAAGAAUUUCAAUCCAGUAUCUGCAUUAGUUUUGGAGAUAGUCACGUGCAUAAAAAACUUUAACUAGAAGUUUUUAAGUUCAAAAGGGGACAUGCUAAUUUUGCAUAAUACAUGUCAGAGUUAUGGACUUGAUGCUAUCACCUAGUUUCAUAACCCCAAAGAAGUUUCAAUUCAGUAUCUGCAUUACUUUUGGUUAAAGCUUUGCAUGCGAAUUACUAAGUCCAAAAGGGGGCAUAAUUUGGACAAAAUACAUAUCAGUAUUAUGGGACUUGACCCAGUGAGGUUGGUAAUUGACCUAGAAAAAGAAAAAAAUAAGUUUUAAAGCUAUAUUCCUUUAAAUGAUAGCUAUAUUUAUUUGCAUGCAAAACUUAAACCAAGGUGUGACACUGACGUCAGGGUGAUUAGAAUAGCUCGGACUAUUCUUUGAAUAGUUAAGCUAAAAGCUAGGAAAAAGAAUAUUGUAAAUUUCUACACUUCCUAAAUCUAAAUUGUACUUAGUUACAAUUAUAUUGUUCUCUACUUUUCUGUUUGAAUGUGUGUAAUUUGUAUUCUGUCAAAACACAUUUUAUAUUUUUUUCUUCCAGUUUGUACUGUAAGCAUAAUUGUCUAUGCAGUAUCAACAUUUUUUUAUGUAAUUUGUUGAACAUUAUGUGUUCUUAAGGAGGUAGGUUACCUUAAUAUUUGUAUGUGCGCAUCUCCAACCGGAAGCUAACGUGACGAUUUACGACGACGUUUACGACAAACUAAAUGUGUUUGUAUAUCCAUUCUUCUGAAAACAAAUCAUGAACCUGUCUCCGAUCUGAUACUUUAUGGUUUAAUAAUGCAGAAAUAAUGAAUAAAUUGCCGCAGAAACGCUUCAAAACAAUGUUGCCUUAAAAUGACGUCAUGACGUUACAUGUCAGUUACCGCGCAAAAUUAAAAGCUUUUAUUUUGAAGGUACGUAAUUCUGUGCAUUUUCUUUAUUUGAACUAUUUUCAAACAGCCGUGAUUUACUGAAAUAUUUUUAAUGAGUCUUUUGCUCUGAAUAAUAAUCAAUAUUUUGCUUCUUUUAUGUAGUUAUAUUGAAAUGGAUGAUGGUAACCAAAUGUUAUUUGGAAUAUAGUUUGGUGAAAGGUUACUUGUUACGGCCAUUUUCAAAUAAAAAAACUUGCAGUUUGAUUUGUAAUACAUUUUUCAGUUUUCGUUGAUAAUUUGUUACUUAUAUACUAAAAUUAAGCUCUAAAAUUGCAUGUUCAUAUUUCAGUAGAAAAUUGUGGUUUCUUGAAUUGAAUUGAUGUUACCAUGGAAACGAAGCCCGUGACCUAUAUAUCUAAAGGUAAAGUUCAAAAGCGUUGACACUGGUCUAUUUAAGGAACACAUUUUCGGCUUUUUAUUUUCAUUUCAACAAUAUUCAUGAGAAUAAUAGCAGCAUGCUGAACGAUUUUUCCAUGAAAAAUGCAAGACGAAGGGUACUGCUGUACAUAUUUUAAGCUGAGAAAUUUGUUUGAAUAAAUGCAAAUAACAUGAAAAUAUAACUUAAGGAGGUAGGUUACCUUGAUAGCAGAGCUACCGGCGCCGCGAAGCGGCGCCGACAGCGUCGCAUUACGGUUAGACGUAUAAACAAGAAAACGAAUAGAGAGAUUUAACUGAGUAUACUAUCGAGUUGAAAAUUCGUGGUACUUUUUGGAAUCGGUGUUGUUCGGAUUUUUUCAUGUGCACUAUGCACAUAGUAAUUAAUCGGUAAAGACGUCAGUAGACGCUUACUGUUUACGGUUGACAAAAGCGUCUCGCUUACUGCUUUGAAUAUUGAAUAAAAAUGUAAAUGCGCAUUUGAUAAUAAAAAAUUAGUGCUAAAUACAUUUUCUACGAAGAAAAAAGAAAUAAAAUACAAUAUUUUCAUGUUGAAACGACUUUUGUCACACUGCCAUUACUUGACUUUAUUAUAUAUACUUAUGUUUGUCAUAAUGACGUCAUAUGUCCACAGUGGUGUAGUGGUUAGCGAAUUCGCGUUGUAAACCAGAGGUCGUGAGUUCGAACCUCACCUGUACCAGAUUUUUUUAUUCCUUUUUUAUUUCAAUUUUUUUAUGUAUUAUUACGUCAUUGUGAAAUUCAGCAAGUGUUUACUUUUGAUGUCAGGUUCCAAUGUAGUGCCUGUGCAGUAGUCAGUAGACAUAACUUUUAAAAAAAAGCUUUAGGAUCAAAAUAUACAGGCAUUGAAUUUCGGCAAACACUGUUUUUCUCUAGGUAAAAUUCUGAUCAUUAAUUUUUAAAAAAUGCUAGUCUUUUGGGUUUAAAACAAGCUUUGUAUAGUCAUGUAAAUGAUUGUAAAUUUCCCAUACCAGGCGUCUAUUAUAGCAGUGUUUUUGACUGAAAGCUGGACACAAUCAUACUUCCUUUCAGAAAGAACCAAAAUUUGACAAUAAUGACAUUUAAAAGAAUUACAAAAGUCAUUUCCAGGAUUACGUAAAUUCUAAUUUCUAUUAACUUUAGGCUAUUGUCCUAAUGAGAUUCUGUUAGGUUUGAAACUUUUCAAUUUGAAGGAGUUAUUAUUGGUGACUGGUUUCCAGUAGGCCUAUGAUAAUAAUUUAUGUAAAAUUGUUGAUGCAGUACGUUUUAAAACAGAAAUUAUUCAAAUACGUUUUUUCUUUUGGUGCAGAUGUUAAUCUAUAUCAACUUUCUUUUAAUCAUAUACAGAAUAUCUUUCGAGUAUUUCACAUGUCAAGAAUUAAAUUUGAUGCAGCCUUAAACAUACAUUCAGAAAUCAUGAAUUAUCAUUAAUCAAUACUUAUAAUUUUAAUAGAUCUAAUUUAAAUAGAACAUAAACUUCCUAAACGAAUCCAUAAUUCCAGACAUUUCCACUCCUUUAAUUUUUAAGGGGCACUUGUGAUUUUUCAAGGGAGCUCUGCCUUUAGGUAGCACCUAAUAAGUGCUCAUGUCCAACCGGAAGCUAACGUGACGAUUUACGACGACGUUUACGACAAACUAAAUGUGUUUGUAUAUCCAUUCAUCUGGAAAUAAAUCUUGAACCUGA